CAGAGGAGGAGGCCGAAGACGUAGCUCCGAAGCAGCGUGGACGCGGGGCAUUUACAUACGGAAGAGAAAGAGAUGGAUUCCACAGUGAUCAUACGACCGCCAUGGACGAUGAAACUCACGAGGAGCUCACUACGUCUUCUGACGACAUCGAUGGAAAGUCCGCGCCAGAGGCACUCGCAACCAUCCAUCGCCCAUCUUGAUUCAAGCGAAGUUCACGGCAGAGAGACUUGGAGCCUCCGACAUCUGCCCAAGCUGCUCAACGCAUAUGAUCGUCGUGACAGAGCACAGAACAAGGUGAGAUUCACGGUCCAGGAGAAGAAGGAGCACAAGCAGCGGUUGCUGGCCAGAGAGAAGCUGCGAGAAGAAACCUGGGGAGGCGAUUGAGCACUCACUAUGAAGUAGCUCAUUGAAGAAACUUUUGUGGCCGAUGAAGCGUCUUCUGGAAAGUCUCUAAGCCUUCUCGACUUCUGGCAAGCCUUGGAUCUCUGGGACGGUGGAAAUGGUGAUCCCGCAAACCAGUAGAACGUUUGCUGCAAUCAUCACCGCGUGGUUGAGGUUGGUUUGUUACCACGAAAAAACCCCUCUUAUCAAUGAGAAACCCAUUGUUGCCUUUGCUAAAA